AUGACUGUUAUUCCACCAAUUUUUGAUAGAGAUCCCAGCAUACAAAUUAGUUCUUAUGCAUUACCUGAUAGAAUGAUUUUUCUUCAACGAACUUAUCGUCAUAUUUGGAUAUCUAAUAAAGGUUACAUUACAUUCGAUACACCUUAUUAUGUCCGAACAAUGACAACUUUUGCCUUUCCACUAAUCAGCAACCAAGCUAUUGCAGCUCCAUUCUGGGCAGAUUUUAGUGAUAUUCCUAUAAGAGAAGUUUCAUACCAACGAUUAAAAUAUAUCUGUUCAUCAAUCAUUCCUCAAAUAGGAUAUAAUAUAUGUUCAUUAACUAUAAGUGAUCAAUUGACAGAAAACUUAUCAAAAAUAUUUCUUGAACAUUUUGGUCAACAAAUUUCUUUAAUAUUUUCACGAUUAAAAUGUUUAACACUUAUUGCAUUGACUACUGAUGUAUUGCCAUCAAUUAUUGAUAAUCUGAUCAAUUUGACAGAUUUAACUCACUUAAAUAUUUAUUCUUUAAAUCGAACAAAUAUUAAUGUGGAUGGAAUACAAAUAUUAUUAGAUAAAAUUUUUUCUGCUAAUAAUUUUCGAUUAAAUUCAAUUUGUUAUGAUCGUGAAUCGAUACCUUUGACAAUAAUUGAUAAAAAUAAUCAUUCAAUAUAUUCAAAUAUAAAAAAAUUAGAAAUUUUUCUUGAACAAUUAAAUGAUCUUCAUCAUUUAUUAACUCGAUAUUCAUUUAAUUUCAAUGAACUUUUUUCUAUUUUAAAUCGAACAAUAAAUAUUGAAAAACUUUCAAUUAAAAUCGAUAAUACAGAUGAUUUUCAUUUAAUUAAUGGAAAUCAUUUUAAUUCUUUUCUAUCAUCAUUUCAUUUAAAACAAUUUAAUUAUUUAGUUAAUUAUACAUCAGAUUCUUCUAUUAAUCGAAAAGAAAUUCUUUCAACAUGGAAACAAUUUCCUCAACAAUUCGAUUGUCUUAUAAGUGAUGAUCAAAAUAAAAUUAUUUUAUAUACAAUACCUAUUAGUUUUUCACAUUUGGAUUUUCAAGGCAAUAAUGAACUUGUUUUAAAAUCUGGAAAAGAAAAUCGUUUAUGUAAACUUAUUCAUCUUACUCAUUUGUUAUUAAUACAAUCAUCAGUUGACUCAAAAUCUUUACAAGAAUUAUUACAAUCAUCACCUAAUCUGUUUGAUUUGAAUAUACAUUCCACAUCUCUUCAUUCAUUACUCGAACAACAAUCGAUUUGUCAUUUGUUCGAAGAACGAAUUACUCAUUUAUAUAUUUUUAUAAUAUAUUCUGAUGUUUUUGAACAAGUGACAACGACUAUAUCUCGACUUUCUUCAAUAUUCAAACGUCUUAAACAUCUUUAUAUAAAUAUACCUAUGAGUGAUAAGAGUUUCGAAUCAGUAAUCUUAUCUAUAUUCAAUCAAUUAACUCAAUGGUCUUCUCUUAUAUCAUUGGAAAUAUAUGGUUUGUCAGAAAAAUUUCAAGAUAGUAUUCGUCAAUGGCUUCGUAACAAUUCACCAUUCAAUGAUUCAGAUUCAUUUAUAAGUGAAUAUCCUAAAAGAACAUUUAAAUUAUGGCUUUGA